AUUCAGAACAAAUGUAAUUGAGAUUACGGAUAAUACUUCAGUAAAACAUGAAUGAUAGUUCACAUUAUGAUGAAAUGUUCAUAAACCAGUCAAUGGGUGUAGAGAUUGAAUCAUCCAGUACAGUUAUGACUCUGAUUGUUGCUGUAAUUUACCCACUUAUAAUUAUAUUUAGUACAGUUGGGAACAGUAUUGUUAUAUUAACUGUAACACGUAGUACUGCAAUGAGAACAAUAACCAAUUUAUUCAUAUCCAAUUUAGCAGCAUCUGAUUUAUUAAUGAGUUUUGUAGCAGCUCCCGUAACACCAAUUGUAUUUCAUAUGAAAAAUUGGAAAUUACCUACAUUUCUUUGUAAAUUACUACCUGUUACUAUGGGUGUUAGUGUUUAUGUUUCAACCCUUACUUCAACUGCUAUAGCUGCUGACCGGUAUUUAGUUAUUGUACAUCCAUUUAGAACACGUAUGUCACAAAGUAUAUGUGGACUUAUCAUAGCUGGUGUAUGGCUUAUUUCUGUUCUUAUAUCUUUACCAUUGGGAAUUUAUACAAAAAUUGGGAUUGAUCCAAGAAAUAAUGAACCAUCCUGUAUGGAAUCAUGGCCACAUUCGUUAUCUAGACCAAUAUAUACAGUUAUUACAUUUAUUCUGCAAUUUGUCGCACCCUGUUUGAUUAUAUCAAUAUGUUAUUAUCGCGUUAGUUGUGUACUACGUUCAAGAGGUUCAACAAAAAUUGGUUGUGGACGUAAAAGUCGUGAAAAAGAAGAACUUGAAAUAAAACGUAAUCGUCGUACAAAUCAAAUGUUAAUAGCUAUGGUUAUUAUAUUUGUUGUUUGUUGGAUACCAUUAAAUGUUCUAUGGAUAGUUGUAGAUAUAAUUGGUGAAAAAGCUGAAGGUUCCGUUUAUUUUCAUCAUACAUUUAUAUUAUGUCAUAUGAUUGCUAUGAGUUCAGCUGUUUAUAAUCCUUUUUUAUAUGCAUGGUUAAAUAAUAAUUUUCGACAAGAAUUUAAAGCUAUUUUUCAAUGUAAUAAUAAAUUCUGUACAAAUAAUUCAUCAUUUAUAACAACUAGACCACAAACUCAAUCAAAAGUCAUAUCACGUUACACAUGUAAUAAUAACAACAAUAAUAAUGAUAAAGCUAAAAACGAUCAUAUGGAUUGUGAUAAUGAAGAAAAUAUAAAUAAUCAGUUAAAAAUGCAUAAAUCAAUUGACAAACCGAAAGGACAAUAUAAAAGCUAUAUGACAAUAGCUGACGGUGAUGGAAGUGUAUGGCAAGGACCUGUCUGCAGUGAAAUCAAAUAAAAUGAAGUUACAACUUUAACAUUUAUCCCUAAUAUCAAGUGAACAAGAGAAGUAAGUCUUUAAAGACAAAUUAGAUAAACAAGUGAAUAUAUCAAGAUGAUGAGGGUAUUUAUUGAACUUUACAUUUGUUUAUCAAUGCCAAUAAAUCCAUAUACUUAUUCAC